UUCAGUUUUGUUUUGAUUCCUUUGGUUCUUCUGCGUGGAAUUUCAGAAAGUUUUCACAAUUUGCACAACAGAUCACACGAAUUUCGUAAAUUUUAAUUGAUAAAAAUAGUGUCUUAAAAUAACUAGCAAUGAAGCAGACAAGUGGAAAGUUUGAUGUGGAGCACUAUUUUCUGGACAUCCUCGAAAAGGACGAUAGCUUGUCUUCCGGUAUUGCGGCCAUAAAAACACUGCUGAUGGUUCUUGAAAAGACCAAGUUCGACACCGUUCAGGAACUUCAUUCAACUAUCCAGGCCGCAGUUCAGACAAUGCGAAACACCGAUAAACCGAUGACUUCGGUUGUUUCGGGGAGUGAACUGUUUUCAAGGUUCAUUACGCUGGCUAAAUUCGACGAUAAAAGCAUGGCCGAGGUGCGGCAAAUUAUGUUAAGUCGAGGCACGGCCUUUCUGCAAAAGUUGCUGGAAAGCAGAAACGUUAUUGCUAAACAAGCUACAGGAUUCAUCAGCGAUGGGUGUCGUAUAUUGACCCAGGCUCGUUCCCGAACUGUCCGAGAUACAUUGAUACAGGCGGCUCGAAUGAACAAGCGCUUUCAAGUCUACGUGACCCAGAGCUAUCCGGAUAAACAGGGCGAACAAAUGCAGAAAGAGCUUGAAGCAGAAGGGAUUGAGUGUACAGUCAUUCUGGAUUCAGCUAUCGGUUAUGUUAUGGAAUCCGUCGAUAUGGUUUUUGUGGGAGCAGAAGGUGUGGUUGAAAGUGGUGGCAUUAUCAAUCGCGUCGGAACUUUUACGAUGGCAAUGUGUGCGCGGGAAAUGAAAAAGCCAUUUUACGUACUGGUUGAAAGCUUUAAAUUCAGUCGUCUGUACCCAUUGAAUCAACGAGAUUUGCCAAAUGACUACAAGUAUUCUAAAUCCAGUCUCAAAGAUACGGAAAAAGCGCAUCCGCUGGUCGAUUAUACGCCACCUGUCUACAUAACUCUUCUUUUCACGGAUCUCGGUAUUUUGACCCCAUCGGCUGUGAGCGACGAGUUAAUCAAACUUUACCUUUAAGGAAGAUUCUUUCAAUUGAAGUUCGAUAUUCUGUAUGUUAAAAUACUUUUUUCUGAUUCGAAAAAAAACCUUAAGUUAUAAAUAGCAAG